AUGGGUCAUCGCCAAUUCUUGCCACCGGGCCACAUCUGGAGAAAGAAAAAGACUAUUUUUAAUGGUCAUGCAGAGCAUCGUGACCCACCUACAAUGUAUUCAGGAGAAGAUGUACUCAUUCAACUCCAAAGUAUUCCUGAUGCAAAUUUUGGCAAAGCCAUCAAGAAAAGAAAGCGUACCACAGAGGAGUUCAAUUGGACCAAGAAAAGUAUCUUCUUUCAAUUGCCAUAUUGGUCGACUAUAAAGAUUAGACAUAAUCUAGAUGUAAUGCACAUUGAGAAGAACAUAUGUGACAACAUCUUGGAAACUUUGAUGAAUAUCUCUGGCAAAACUAAAGAUCAUCCUAAUGCACGUCGUGACCUUUCCACUCUCAAUAUAAGGGAGGAGUUACACCUUAUUCAGGAUGGACAACGCAUUAGUAUGCCACAAGCAUGUUAUACGUUGUAUGGAGCUGAGCGGACUGGUUUUUGUAAUUGGUUGCACGGUGUGAAAUUCCCGGAUGGCUUCGCUUCAAACAUUGCCAGAUGUGUUAGUGUAAGUGACUGCAAAAUCUCGGGGAUGAGAAGUCAUGAUUGCCAUAUUUUCAUGCAAAGAUUACUUCCUGUUGCAAUUUCUGGAUACUUACGCCAAGAUGUACGAUUGGCACUUUUCGAGCUAAGCACUUUUUUCAAAGAAUUGUGUGCUAGAACAUGUAAGAAGGAAGUCUUAGAGCGGCUUCAAGCUGAUAUCGUCGUUAUUCUUUGCAAGCUUGAGAUGAUUUUUCCACCUACCUUUUUCGACAUAAUGGUGCACUUAGCAUAUCACUUGCCACAUGAGGCCUUGCUUGCAGGGCCAGUUCAAUAUAGGUGGAUGUAUCCUUUCGAGAGAUAUCUCAGAAAAUUCAAGAGAUAUGUUAAGAAUAAAGCCUACCCGGAAGGUUCAAUAGUUGAGGCCUAUAUCCAUGUUGAAUGCUUGAAUUUUUGUUCCAUGUACCUCCAUGAUGUUGAAACUAGAUUCAAUCCUCCUAAACGUAAUGUCGACGAAGGAGAAGAAGGUGUACAAGAGGGACUUGAUUUUUUUCACAGAAGUGAGCACUACAUGCAAGUGAGUGAAGAGUAUCCCAAUAAUGCCAAUAGUAUGCAUGCUGCAAAAUUUCCAGGCUGGUUCAAGUCACAAAUUCAAGCUAGGCGUGCUGAUAAUCCCGAAGAAGUUUCGGAUGAUCUAUAUGCUUUAGCAUGUGGUCCUGACCCUUGGGGUGCGUCCUAUUCUGGUUGCAUAACCAACGGUAUAAGAUUUCACACAAAAAAACGGGAAGAACAUCGUCGCACCCAAAACUCCGGUGUCAUGGUCAUUAGUGAACAAUCAGGAUCUGAAAAACUUGAGUUCUUUGGUAGACUAAUAGACAUUUUGGAAUUAAGGUACAUGGGUUGGCGUCGUGUUUACUUAUUCAAAUGUGAAUGGUUUGACAUUUCUGAUUCCAAACGAGGGAUACGUAUGGAACCACAUCUUACUAGUGUGAAUAUGUCGCGGACAGCUUAUAAGGAUGAUCCAUUUGUUUUGGCAUCCCAAGCAUCACAGGUAUUUUACCUAAAAAAUCGCAGCAUCCGUGGGGAAUGGUAUGUAGUCCAAAAGGUCAUACAUAGAAAUGUCUAUGACCUUCCACGAUCAUCCCUUAUUGAACUUGAUGAAUGUGAUUCUAGUGACGUUGAUGCGUACCAAGAGGAUAAUUCUGGUGAUGCUUACGUGAGUGUCCAUGCUGAUGACAUCCCACUGCAAACAGACAUGCACAGGCCGAAUGUUGAACCGGAGCAAGUUGAUGUUGACACAUUGGUAAUGCAAAGGUCUAAUCGGGACCACUUUGAGCAAGGUUUUAUCAAUGACGAUACCAGUGAGGAAGGUUCAGAUCACAACGCCGAACUAGAGGGUAGCAUAAAAGAAGAUAGUAUCUCAACGAAGGAUGAGAUGAACUAG